GUGCUUAGUGGACUUGUUCGAGUCAAGGUACAUUUAUGGUAAAUUCCGGUGGCCAACUGUUUUGGAAAGCGCGAUAAUCUCAGACUUGACUCAUCGGCUGAGCACCCUCAGUUAAUUAACUGCGAUUCUUGAAAAUUCCCCCGACUGCCUACACCAUGCGGUAUUAUGAACAACGAUAUCCAGAAGUCGACGAGCUCGUCAUGGUCCAAGUCCGCCAGAUUGCGGAAAUGGGCGCAUAUGUCAAAUUGCUCGAAUAUGACAACAUCGAGGGAAUGAUUCUACUUUCAGAGCUCUCCCGCAGACGUAUCCGAUCGAUACAGAAGCUCAUCCGUGUUGGCCGUAAUGAAGUCGUAGUAGUACUUCGUGUGGAUAGGGAAAAAGGCUACAUAGAUCUAUCAAAACGUCGUGUCUCCCCCGAAGACAUCAUCAAGUGCGAGGAGCGGUACAUGAAGUCAAAAGCUGUCGCAUCUAUCAUGCGGCACGUCGCGUCAAAGCUGCCGUCAAUGGAUGCUGACGCUGCCAUUUCCCCCGAGGACGAGGCAGUAGAGAAGGAGACAAAGAAGUCUAGGCGCGCGGCGAAAAAGGAAAAUCCUGAGGAGGCUGCGGCUGCUAUCGCUGCUGAGGAGGCCGCUGUGCCGCACGAUGGGUCGAGCGAGGAAGAAAGGUUAGAAAAACUGUACGAGCAAGUGGCAUGGCCACUUGGCCAUAAAUAUGGACAUCCAUAUGAUGCGUUCAAGCUUGCUUUGACCGAACAAGAAACCGUAUUUUCAUCCCUUCCAAACCCCGUCUCAUCAGCAGCUAUCUCCAUUCUUAUGGGAACGAUCGCACGGCGGUUGACACCCCAGCCUAUUAAGCUGCGCGCUGAUAUCGAGCUCACAUGCUACACCCCUGCCGGUAUCGAUGCAAUCAAAAAGGCUCUGAGAGCAGGUGAAGCAGAAAGCAACGAAACAGUGCCCAUUAAAGCCAAGCUCGUAGCUCCUCCGCUAUAUGUUCUCAGCACAAACGCAACAGAUAAGUAUGCUGCUGUUGAUCGUCUGGAACGUGCGAUUGAGUCGAUUAUGGCCACGAUUGAGGGCCAAGGGGGAAAUCUAGUUGUAAAGAUGAAGCCAAAAGCUGUCUCCGAGACGGAAGAGCAGGAUCUCGCACAGCUCAUGGCCAAGGCAGGUCAAGAGAAUGCAGAAGUCUCUGGUGACGAGGAUGACGAAGAGGGGAUCUAGUCCAUUAUCUGUAGCCUGCACUUUCUGCUGAUGGUGGCUUACUUUGAACUAGAUUAUUCACCGGGGCGUGGAAUCUUUGUCUUGAAGUCUGCAGUGAAGUUGUGCAUGUCCAAGACAGACUCCAAGUCACUCAACAGCCUGAAGUCACUUGAAGAGAUUGGGUCAGCCCCAGAAGGCACAUUAGUUCACGGGAAUUUCACUCAUUUAUGUAGAAACAUCAUAAUGACACCGAGAGGAAAUACUCUGGUAAGAUAGGCCGCAGUCAUACUUCGCUUGAUCAUGUGAUCAGAUCGUGACAUUUCGUGACAAAAGUACCAGAAUCGCAUCUCCUCCUUCAAAUCGUCAUUUUUCGCUAAAGUAGAACCUAGG